AUGAUUGGGCAGCAGGAAGGCGGAUUCUCGCCUCCACGUCGUAUCUGCGAAACCGGACUUCUGCGGUAUCGCGCCAGGAAUAGCGUCUGUAACCGACAGAAGCGCCAGCGUCAGAUCCACGCGGCAGCUGGUGGAUGGCGUCACCGCUUCCUGGUCGCGAUUUUACCAGGAAGUGCUCUCCUCCAUCCUCCUGGACUCUUUGGGUCUGCUUGUCCGGUUCACUGUCCAGCCUCAUCAGUAUCGACGCUAAACUUCCAGACUCCGCUGCUCCUGUGCCAGGGGUCGCUCCAGCGCACCCCGUCGGGUCUCGACCGGCGGUCCGGCGUCUCGGCGUCCCUCCUCUCUGGUCACUCUCGCGCCACACACGAUCGUGGCUGUGGUCCGGACGAGCGACGUCGCAUUUCCUGUGGUUCAGUCAUCCUGCGGCAGACUUCCGCUGCGCUCGCCGUUAUAUUGUGGCUGCGCUCCCAGCGAUGCGCGCAGCUUGUGUUUGCUGCGAGCUACCAGCAGAAGACGAUGAAUGCAACGGCCGUAGUUCCUUCGCUGCUGGCUCUGUUCUUGGCUAAUGGGACCUCGGUGCUGGACUGUCUCUGCAGUCACAUCAACAACUCGAAUGAUCAAGGCAGACGCUGGAGAAUGAGGGGUAGUCGGGGUGAAUAUCAACUAUGGUGGCAACACUGCCAACAUACGUAUGACGACACGCUGAGCGGAACUCGCGGGACGCUGGAGCCGCCGUCCGCCGCGGUGCCGGCCGUGGCCCGCCUGGCAGCCAGCAUCUCCAGCUACGGACCGCCGCCGCCCCCUGCAGCAGAAGGGGAGGGCGAGGUCUGCGACGGCGCCCUGGCGGCUCUCCGCCGCCUCUCCUGGGACGAGGCCAACCAGCUCGGCGAGGGGCUCAGCUGCCGAAUCUCUGCCGACUGUAUCGCCUCCUGCCCUGUACCAAGGUUGAACGACGUGGAGUGGAACGUGACAGCGCUGCAGGCGGAUCACCUGAGGCACCGUGUCCUCUCCCAGUCACUGCACGCUGUCGGACGAAUCACAAGAGCCAUACUCGCCAGGGGACGAUGUGAGAUCUACAAUCGGCUUAAUUUUAAGCUGAGGUACUCGAACGAAACUGGCCUCCAGGUCCAGCAGACGGUCUACCUGGAACAGCUCUCCAGCUACUGGCGAGACUUUGAACACCUAUUUUCACUCGCUGUGACGCAUGCAUCACGACUGUUCAUUCCUCUCGCAUUCGAAUACAUGGGUAACAACACGACUGACCAGCGACUCCAUGGGUGGAUUAAGAACAUGGAACGUGUGCAAGACAUGCUGCACACGAAAUUAAGCAGCUGGCUAAACGACGUGCAAUCCGUCAGAGACCAGAUAGCGCACUACGAAGUAGAAGACGACAAGAACAGGACUGGGUAUUUUAUACUCAGGCGGCCGCUGUGGAAUGAUAUACUGCUCGACCAUCAGCCAAAGUUCAUUUUUUUUCGAGAGGACUUCAGUGCUCCAUGCGAGGAGCGGCAGCCAGAGGCGUCACAAAUGUUCGGCCUCGCCGAUGCACUGUAUGCCUUCUAUUAUACCGAGUGGUUUAGAACAGGAUGGAGCUUCAAGCAACGCUUCGCAGAUGAUCCCAAGACUGUGGGUCUGUCGAAGUACAGCCUGAGUUCUGUUCUGUCUAUGAGGCUAUCAACAGUUCCAUCACGAGUGCAGACAGGCGACGGAGUUCCACAUGUGCCUUCAGAGGGCAGUGUCGGAAUACCGUCGCUCGGUGAAUCCUAG